AUGAAGGCAGGCGAGUCUGACGCACACAUCAUCUCUUGCCUGCGAAAGGUCGAACAUUGGGAUAAAUUGAGUCCAAAGGGGGGCCUCGAUAGCGACGUGUCAGACCUGAGUCUCUCGCAGGGCCAAAAACAGCUCCUUUGCCUCGCUCGGGCGCCUAUUCGCAAGGAUAUCGGCCUGGUGCUUGUGUUGGACGAGGCAUUGAGUGCGGUUGAUCAGGAGACUGAGGAGCUCAUGGUCAAGAUUAUUCGCGAGGCGCCCAUCACUCUGCAGCUCGUCUUUGCACCGCCGGCACCAGCCAGGAAGCGUCUCUUUGUCCGACUCCGAAUCGGCUGCGGUGCCGGUUCAAACGAGGCACGCCCGUCGACAUGGGCGUGCUAG